GGCGGCGGCGCCAUCUUCCCCGCCGCGGGAGGGGUCGCGGGUCAGAGCCCCCCCGACCCCCGCACGGGGGGACGGAGGGAGGGAGGGAGGGAGGGCGGACCGGAGCGUCGACGGGCCGGGCUCUCCCCGCCAUGGAACCGGGAGCCCGGCCGGCCGGGCCCGGAGCGGCGGGAGGAGCGGGGGGCGGCGGCCAGUCCCGCGAGUACAAGCUGGUGAUGCUCGGGGCCGGGGGCGUGGGCAAGAGCGAGGACGCCUACAAGAUCCGCAUCCGCAUCGACGACGAGCCCGCCAACCUGGACAUCCUCGACACCGCGGGACAGGCGGAGUUCACGGCCAUGCGUGACCAGUACAUGCGAGCGGGGGAGGGUUUCAUCAUCUGCUACUCCAUCACGGACCAGCGCAGCUUCCACGAGGCCCGGGACUGCAAGCAGCUCAUCUACCGCGUCCGCCGCACCGACGACACCCCCGUCGUCCUCGUGGGGAACAAGUCGGACCUCCGCCAGCUGCGCCAGGUCAGCCACGAGGAGGGCGCGGCCUUGGCCCGCGAGUUCGGCUGCCCGUUCUUCGAGACGUCGGCCGCCUAUCGCUACUACAUCGACGACGUCUUCCACGCCCUGGUGCGGGAGAUCCGCCGGCGGGAGAAGGAGGCGGCCCUGGCCCUGGGCCGCCGCGCCAAGCCCCGCGCCAGCGUCUGGCAGAGGCUCAAGUCCCCGUUCCGCAAGAAGAAGGACUCGGUGACGUGAGGGCCCCGGGCCGGGCGCCCCCAGUCCCGCGCUCUGGCGGGAGCGGAGGGGCGAGGGCGGUCCCCGAGGCCUGCGCCCUCGCCUCGUCCCGCCGCCCGCGGGCCCGGGGUGGGGGCGGCGGGGUCCUCGCCGGCGGGGCUCGGGGUCGCCGCCGUCGCCCCCCCCCUGCUCGUUCGGCCUGGCGGGACGAAGGGCGUCGAAGACCCCGCACUCGGGGCCAGAAAAUUGGCUUUUAGGCCCGAGGCGAAGCCUGAGGCGAAGGCCUGAGGCGAAGGCCUGAGGCGAGGCCCCGCCCCCCCCCCCCCGCGCCACCUCGUGACGUCAGCGCCCCCGCCCGCGCGCGACGUUUCCCGCCUUCUUCGGCCCCCCCUCUGACGUCACCGCCUAGGCGUCGCCAGCGGCCCGCCCCCCGUGUAACGUCGACUUCGGCCGCGGGGUGGCCCCGCCCCCCCGUGGCGUCAUCACGCCGUGCGUCGGAAGCUUCCCCGCCCGGCGGGGACUCCUGGCAGGCGGAAGUCUCGCGAGAGUUCGCCCCGCCGCCUGGGCCCAAAGCCAAGCAGAUGGGGCGGAGGGUGGGACGGUCGUUCAGGGGGCUCAUCCCUCCCCCCCCAAGCGAAAAAACUCGAAUUCGGUCGGAGGGGGGAGGGGAACCGAGUGUGCUGGACGCGGGGGGGGGGUGAUCCGGGACUCCUAGGAGUGCCCGGAGGCAGGGGGCUGGACCGGUUGACCCUUGGGGGCCAAGAUUAAGUAUUGAGUUGGGAUGGGGGGGCGGUUCAGGGAGACCGCCCACCCACCCCACGGGCGCCCUCCGAGCCCUCGAAGGGAUUGGGGGGCGGAGCUGCAGUCAAAGGGAGUGGGGUUAGACCGGAUGGACGACACGAGCCCUGCUGGGUGGGAAAUUCUAUCCCGGGCGCGGUGGGGAAUCCUGCCGACCGACUCUUCUUCUCUUGUAUUCUCCCAAGUGCUUAGUAGUGCUCGGCACACCGAAAGUGCUCAAUAAAUACCGUUAAUUGAU